GCAGGCUGAGCGCAUCCACCGGCACAUGAGGCGCCUCACAGAGACGCGCACGAAACCAAAACCGGGACUGAGCGCAGCGGGAGACUGAGCUUGACUAUUUUACUCCAUGUUCAAUUAUGUGUUUUCAUCUAUGCCUCAUUCAAAGGGAAGUGGACACUUUUUUACUUUUCUUUUUCUUCGAUUACUCUGCCCCAAGCUGCUUAAUUUGAAACACGCCAAGGUUUAAAAUGAACGAAGAACUCGAGAACAACUUGACUCAACCCUAUGACAACUGGACUUUAUACAACUCCUCCGUGGAGUCCGCUGUACCCAGGAAGAACAUCACCUAUGUUGGAUUUUACCUGCAUCAGCCGUCCACGGCGGCCAUCUUCAUCGUGUCCUACCUGCUCAUCUUCCUCGUGUGCAUGGUAGGAAACGGAGUGGUGUGCUUCAUCGUGCUGAGAAGCAAAAACAUGCGGACCGUAACUAACUUGUUCAUCCUGAACCUCGCUGUGAGUGACAUCCUGGUUGGGAUUUUCUGCAUGCCCACAACACUUCUUGACAACAUAAUUACAGGAUGGCCUUUUGGAAGCCUGGUCUGCAAAAUGAGCGGCAUGGUUCAAGGAAUCUCGGUGUCAGCAUCCGUCUUCACACUGGUUGCUAUUGCUGUUGACAGAUUCAGAUGCAUCGUGUACCCAUUCAAGCAAAAGCUAACAAUAUCAACAGCCACCCUGAUAAUAGUCGUUAUCUGGGUUCUGGCCAUAUCCAUCAUGUGUCCCUCGGGGGUGAUGCUACAAGUGACCAAGGAGCAAACCAUUCGUGUACUGCUGGGCUAUGACAACAAAACAACUCCCUUUUAUUGGUGCAGAGAGAACUGGCCCAACCAGGAGAUGAGAAAGAUAUACACAACUGUCCUCUUCGCAAAUAUCUACCUUGCCCCUCUUUCCCUCAUCGUGAUCAUGUAUGCCCGGAUUGGCAUUACGCUUUUCAAAACAGCCGUUCCAACUGGAGGAAAGCCAGGCCACGACAACCGCCACACUGUGUCGAAGAAGAAGCAAAGGGUGAUUAAGAUGCUCCUAAUAGUUGCGUUGCUCUUCAUCCUUUCCUGGCUGCCUCUGUGGACCCUCAUGAUGCUGAGCGACUAUGCCAGCCUGACUGAGCAACAGUACAGAAUCAUCAACAUUUACAUCUACCCCUUUGCCCACUGGCUAGCCUUCUUCAACAGCAGCGUCAACCCCAUCAUCUACGGUUUCUUCAAUGAGAAUUUCCGCAGAGGUUUUCAGGCUGUGUUCAAGUUCAGCCUGUGCACGGCGGACGGACAGCGGAGGAAAAACUACUCGCACAGGCUGCAGGGGAACUCUAUACUCCCAGCCAAUAACGUGCAAACCUCCUUGGAACCUAUUUCCCUAAACAGCUUGGAAAAAAACACUUCGAGGCGACUCAACCAUGUCACUGAACACAAUUUGGUCAUGGAGGACAUGGAAAAGGCAUCUUGCAGUAGUGGCGGCGUGACUGCGGUGUCUAUUUGAGGGCACACACUGGGACAUUAUUCGAGAUUCGGAUACGUAGCGGUGCCCAAGCUUAAGGCCUAUGCUGUGCCUAAGUAAACCGAAAGGCUCAAAAUGGAAAUGGUUUCAAAAGCUGAUGUUUAUGUGUAAUUUGUUUAAAGGCAGUUACAAAUGGUCAUAAUAGGCAAAGUAAAAAGGAACAACACCGGAACUCUGAGCAGUAUCGUGUCCUUUUGGAUUCGCAAGGAGUGUUUGCUUCUGAAAAACAUACUUAAAAUGACUAGAUUGGAAAUAGCCCCUUUUGGUUGUUAAUCUUUAAUUAAAACAUUUAAGACACACAAUGUAUUUGGCGCAUAUGGUGUUAAAACUGGAGCAGGUUGCGUUGUAGGUAUUGAAGCUAUAAACAAACGGAAAACACUUAAAACUGUUGUAGUCAAGUGGACAACGGUUGAUAUCGCAUUGAUAACAGGCUACUGUCUUACUACGUGACAUACUUAUAAAAAACUGUAUGUAUAAAUGUAAUAUAAAGCUGCAUCAACAUGUAUGUACCACAAUAUUUGCAGAGCAGAUUUCAAUGGAGAUUGAGAAACAACUGGAAAUACUAAAGCGGAAACACGCUACUACCAAGCGGACCAAUCACAGUUCUUGUGGUAUGAGUUGCAGUGACGCGUAGUACAGAAGUAUAAACUGUGCAUUAAAACAUAAGACAUUAUUUAUUCCACAUAUGGAAAACUUCCUUGUCACGGUAGUGCAGAAUUAGACAAGAAUAUAUACAAAAACCAAAAAAAAUCAACACUUAAUUUGAAAGACUAUACAAAAUAUAAAAAGAAAUAACAGCACUCUGGAAAACAUACAGAAGAAAAUAGAAUAAUUAGAAUAAUAAAACUGCCGAGGUAUGCAUCUAAUUGGCCAACAGUGUACAGUCUUUUUUUCAGUGCCUUCUAAUGAGGAAACAAAACACCCAUAGUCGCAUUCACGUUUGUCCUUGUUUUUCUUUUUUUUUUACUCCUUCAUCUCAGCAUCUCUUCCUAGAUUCACUUUAAUGUUUAACAAUAACCUCAUAACCAUAGGCUCUGCGACACUCAUACUAUAGUCUACUCCAUCUCUGCUGCUACUGCUAUGACCCUCUUGGUGCAACCAUUGACAUGAAAUUGACGUAAAACGCAUGACUGCUGUUGCACCAGCGCAGGCCUAUCGCCACAGGCACAAUGGGAAUCCAGACAAAUUUAACGGCCACUGAUCAGCCUAAUCAGCAUUGUGUUUAACACGCAUUACAUUCAAGCCUUUGUCUGGCAACAGCUUGAAUGUAACUGUCUCACUUUUUAGGUUUGGUAAUCUGCCAUUUAUGAAGAGAAACUGGAAUAGACAUAGACAUUGGUCCUGGUAGGUCACAUAUGCUAACAACAAUGGUUUUACAAUAUCUGAAUCACUAGGAAGAAAAUACACUGCCUGGAUUUAACUAGGCAAAUAGGUACUAGCCUCCUAUUGGAUAAUUACUGCAUGGGCUAUUAUUGUUUAGCUGAAAAUAACUUAUUUAACCCCAACUGAUGCAAUGAGUAGCUCCUGAUUUCUUAAACAACCACGUGGAAAGACACCUCCCAUGGUCGUGGAAAAGACACUUGAGAAGGGUCAAAUCAUUGGCAUGCAGCAAGCAGAGAAAACAUCUAAGGAGACUGAAGCAGAAACUACCAGAAUUGGAUUAAGAACUGUACAAUGAAUUAUUAAAAAUUGGAGGGAUAGUGGAGAACCAUCGUCUUCAAGGAAGUCGAAACAAAUCGUGAAAUCAUAUCGAAGAAAGACAACAGUAGGGCCAUAUUUAAUAGUGAAAGUAAGAGCAUUUCUUCAUGUACAAUGUGAAGAGAACUCAAGGGAUUGGGACUGAACAGUUGUGUAGCCUUAAGAAAACCACUAAUCAGUGAAAGUAAUCGGGGAAAAAAGCUUCAAUUGUAUAGGGAGCAUAAAGAUUGGACUCUGGAGGAAUGGAAGAAGGUCAUGUGAUCUGAUAUGUCCAGAUUUACGCUGUUCCAGAGUGGCCAGCAUCAUGCCUAGUGUCUGCUGUACCAGCCAGUGGGGGCAGUGCUCAGGUCCAGGUUCAGCAACAUUAUGCCCAAAGAAUGAGGUCAGCUGACUACCUGAAUACACUGAAUGUUCAGGUUAUUCCAUCAAUUAACUUUUGUGAUAAUGAUACGCAAAUAAAUAUUCUGGGGGAGUCAGAGACAUUGCAAUAUCAGUAAUAUUUUCUUGUUUAAAACCCCUUUCUUGCAAUAGAAGAGAAAGCUGUGAUUAUGCUUGUAUAUAAACCAUCAGCUUACAAAUUACAAUUUUCAUCCAGGUCUUAGCUGUGAAAUUUGCUCUGUAAACGUGUACGUGAAAACUUCAGUGAUGCUCCGUUAUAUCUCACGAGCCUGUUAUGAAUGUGCAUCGUGUCGUGUCUGUGAACAAUCUUGUGCAGUGAACGGUUAAAAAACAGAGGGCCUUCACCGGCCCCUGAACCUGUAUCUUCUCGCUGUAAAUGUGUGCUACGGCGUCUAAAGCUUAGAAGUGAUAAUGUGAAUCUGUUUGUCUUUGUCUACUGACUAUUAGGAACAUCCAUACAGGGUAGUCUACUAAACAACAUUUGGCUUGAAAGCGUCGUACAGAAAAUCUCUGCAGCUGAUGGCAUCUUUUAACUUGCGAAAGGAAUUUAUAUGGCAAAGAUGACUCACAGCUUUCGCAAAUCACACAUUCAUAAAAUAAGAGUGAAGGCUACAAAAAGGAUAAGUGGAUGUGAUGCAUUCUGGCAGCCAUUUAAAGUCCAUAAGUUCAUUUGAAUAAUGGCUGUGUGGCUAUUUGUAGGCACGUCAGAGCUAAAGUAGACGUCCCCUUGGGUGGAACCAACUGUGUCAGACACUGGGAUGCAGAUUAUAUAUGCUUGUCAGUCGUAUCAUGUGGUGUGGAAAGCACAACUGUCUGCACACUGAAAUUAAAGUAAAUUAAAGUUGACAAAAACAAACCCAAACCCAUUCUUCUCAUCAGGUCUAGACAGCAGUGUAUUGCUAACUUGGCAAAGCUGGUGCAGAUAUCUGAAUAAAGACAGCGCACCACAUAAUGUGGAUUUUAAAGUCAUGGAGCUCCAGAAUGCAUUAAAUCGCAUUAUUCCACAAGAACCUUUAGCUCUGGUCUGAAUAUGUCAAAUUAUGAAAGGUCAGUGGCAAAUUAGGGCAACAUCAGCUGAAGUGUUUCCGCACAGCAAGGCUUAGCUUCUUGUCUCUUUGAGAGAAGUUCUCCACUGAGAUCGCUCCGUCAUCACAGGAGAGAAAAAUACGGGCCGGCAAUGCUAAAAGACUUUGACAAUUGUCACAAGAAGACACAUUUGCUCUUGACAAGUUGUCCGCAAAGAUUCUCAAUCAUCAUUCCACAUGGUUAAAGAAAGGGAACUUUCUAUUAGAUGAUGGAGACAUUUUCUGUUCUGCAAAUUCAGAUGUCUGCAUCCAUUCUGUUGAGUGCUGACGAGCCCCGGGCGAUCUAACCUGUGUGACACUUUACUGUCACAUGAAGCAUAAUCAAGUCAGGUACUUCCAUAUGAGAGUCACAACCCCUAAAAACACCAACAUUAAUCUGUACAUUUAAAGUGUUCACAGAAUAAAUCUCUACAGGGAUCUUCAGCCAGGGGGAUGUUUAAAGUUUUCUUACACCUGCUGGCUUUUACAAAGUAUUUACGCCCUUGUUCUUUAUCCUCAUAAAUCGGUCUACACACAAAUCAGUCUACCGUUCAAUGUCCUUAAAUGAAUACUUCCAUUGGCUUCAGCUGCAAUCUCUUAUACGCUGCAAAACUCAGUCAUGUUUAACUGAAAAGAGAGACCUUGUUUAUAUAUAUAUAUAUACUCAUAAUUAGAUGCAAUUCAUCUGGGCCAUAGAAAAUCUCGAGUGCACUUGUGAGUGUUCCCCUGUGGGCCAUAGAUCAUCGUUGGGGUUUGACAGCUUUUAAAUGAGAUUAAAUGAAUCAGAAACAAUACCCAAUCUGGAUAACUUUUUCUGUAAUUAAGGAGCAGUUUUUUUUUAUUAUUAGAUUUACACCGGAACUUACAUUCAAAGUGGUUUUGCAUACAACUUAAUACUGUCAAAAUCAUACAUUUUUUAAUGUCAUACCACUUAAAUACACGGAAAACUGUUUCUUAUUAAGAACUUAUUACCCUACAGAGACAUACCAGAUGAUUCCUCCCAUGCCAGCUUUUAGUAGUAAACAUAUUUUGAUAAUUAAUGCAUAAGGAUACGACAGUCAGUGCUGUGGUUCAGUAUUCACCAUUUACCAUACCUUACUUAUCUGUUUGUUAAAAGCUGUUUUUAUAGGUUUUAAGCAGCUAUUUCCGUUGACUAAUUAAUUUAAAGUGACAGUUUUGCAGCCAAGGUGUAACGUACAGUAUUUUAGCCACCUAAAACAAGGCUGUCAACAUCUGUCUAAUCUAAUGUGUUUAAUUGGUUUUAUUUUCAGUAUUUACUUGCUUGCCGUCAUGCAAGCUGUACUGACUGGGAACUAAAGCCGCUGUUUUGAUCUGUGCUGUCGUCGAAGAUGUUCAGGAAAAAACACAGAAGUGUGAAAGUCACGUAUUGAAUGUAAAGAACUUUUUUGCUGCUUGCGGUGUACGGACAAACUGGGAUCUAGACACCUUACUGGUACCUUUGUGUAGUUUGCAUGCAAGUAUUUUGUGUAGCAUGAGUUUUUGUGUCUCUGUGUAUUUAAAUAAUGUUAAAUAACAUUUAUUUCGGAGGACACAAACAUGGAUGGAUUUUCUUUUUUUUUUUAAAAGAUGAGAUAGAAGUGUUUGAGUGAGAGUAAGAGAGUAAAUUGUGUCCUAUUUAAUUGUGAAGGGCUAUUCAUCACAUAAACUAUUACCUCCAUGAUUGUCAGCACAAAAUAAAAGGGUUGUACUCAA